AUGAAGUCUACUGUUAAGAUUGGGCAGUCAAGUUCAUCGCUUCCCAAACCACGCAAGGCAAUCAAUAGGGCCAUCCCAACUUCGACGGCAGCAGCAAAGAGCUCUUCUUCGAGUAGUGGUGUCAAAACUGAAAAUGAAGGCACAAAUCUCAGUCCUGUUGCCACUGAAGGGGCUCGGGCAUCAAAGGUACCUGUCUUAAGUGGUACAAGAAAGGUAUUGUCAAAGCCUGCAUUGUCUUCCAAGUCCUCUUCUUCGGGUUCUUCAACUACAAGCAACAUGCAGUCUACAAGAUCCACUUCGAGCAACAGUACUGUGUUAUCUGAAACCACUGCUAAAUCUUCAUUAAUGACAGCAAGAAGAAAUCCCAUCAAAAGCAGCACUCAUAAUUCAGCUUCUUCUGGUUCCAUACCCAAAACCCUGUCAAAAGCUAAACUGAAGAAUAAUCCUUCAUCAUCUACCCUGUCAGCUUAUCUGGUGUCAACUAUGACCUCAAAUGUGUCACCCACUAGUUCUAUUGGUGAACUGUCUUCUGCAUCAUCAUCAUCAUCUUCUUCUUCUACGAUCAACCAAAGGUCCAACAACUCAAGGAACAGUCUUGAUACCAGUUCUUGCCGAUCUGUUGAUGGUGAUAUAGUUUCUUUGGAUUUGAAGAAUCAGAAUAUUGAUCGAAUUGCUGAUGGACAUAAAAGUCGGGAAACAGCUUCACCUGGAAUUACAAGAAAAUCCUCAACACAAGCUGGUACACUUUCUAGUCGGCCUCCUCUUAAGGUGUCUGGAUUACGAAUGCCAUCCCCAAAGAUAGGGUUCUUCGAUGGGGUGAAGUCGGUUCACACUCCUACUGGAACUAUGCAGUCUCAAUCUGAAAUUCCUACUACGCUACCUGAGAAAGGAGGUGCUAUGUGCAGUUCAAACAGGAACUCCAACAUAAAACCAAAGCUUAGAAAGCUUCCAACUGCUAGAAAGAUAUCUGCUUUGGCUCAGAAAACCACUCCUCCUACAUCCUGCUGCUGGACGUCCUGUGAUGGAUCUAUAGAUGAUAACUCUACUGCUGGGGGCUUCUCAGCUGCAACUGUAGAUCUAUUGGCUGUGAAGACUGCUGCAGAUGGUGUUCCGGCUCCAGAUCUGCUCAACCAACUAGGAAGAUUAUAUGUUGUUCAAUAG